CAGAGCGACACGAACACACCCACCCCAGCGCCCAUUCCAUCGACACCUCGCUCUGAUAAGUCCAGAGAGAUGAGCAGCGCCGACGACUCAGCGAGAACCGAAGCCCAGCCGAAGGACGGGCGCGAUGGCGGGAACGAAGGCUUGGCCAACACGACGGAGAACAGGGGCGCGGAGGCGGAGGAACCUGCGAAGAGCGUCCCUUGGGGGCGUCCUACCGCACACACGGUCGUGGACGGACUCAGUGAGCGUUACCCAAUGAACCAUCGACCCCGGGGCGCUGCUCUCAUCUUCGCUCAUUCCGAGUUCUUAGAUAAAAGUCUCAACCCACGACGCUGCGCCGCCCACGACGCCGAGAUCGCGAGAGCCGCCUUCAAGGCCCUCGACUUCCAGCCUGAGGUGUUCCUCGACCUCACGAGGAACGAGCUCAUGGGAAAAUUGUACGAAGUUUCUAAGCGCGACCACAGCGACUCCGACGCCCUUGUCAUAGUGUUCAUGAGCCAUGGCGAAGUAAAACCCAGGAAUAACAUGGAAUAUGUGUGGGUCAAAGACGACAAGAUUCCUACCAAGGAACUGUGGAUAAACUUUACGGCUGAACGGUGCGCAGGUCUGGCCGGCAAACCUAAGCUGUACUUCAUUCAGGCAUGCAGGGGCCUCGACGUGGAUAAGGGCGUGAACAUGUCUCGGGCAUUGCGUGGCAUGGCGGUUCAGACGGACAGCAUUGACAGCACUGAGGAGUACGUGAUCCCCAUCCAUGCUGACCAGCUUGUUAUGUGGGCGUCCUACCCAGGCUUUCCAGCUUUCAAGAGUAAGCGCAAGGGAAUCCAAGGGAGUGUCUUCAUCCACUACCUGGCUGAGAACCUCAAGAAUUAUGCCAACGCUUCUCCACGACCAAGUCUGUCUUCCAUUCUGCUCAAAGUCAGCAGGGAAGUGGCAGUCCUCUACGAAAGCGAUACUUAUGACAGAUAUAACGAAAAUAAACAAGUUCCUUACAUCCACUCGACGCUACUCCGUGAGAUUUACUUCUAAGUGUAUGCCUUCUUGACAGCGUGAGACAUUCGGCAUUACUCCCUCUGUGUUUCUCCUCAUCCUUUCAGUGAUUUUAAAGGAUCGAUAAUCUCUGCUUCUUUGGUUUCUGAUUGUUCGGUGCUUGUAAAAUGUUAUCAGUUGUUCUAAUAUUUGAAAGAAAUUGUUGUCGUCAAGGUUAUUGCCAGUACUAUUAUUAGCUACUAGAUAAAUGAGACUUGAUCUA